GCGGGGUUCUCGGUCGCCAGCCAUUCCUGAGGAGGACUGCCGGUCGGACGGUCGUCUCGCCUGUCGCUGGAGGAGCGGUCCCGGGUCUCCGGGAAGGCGGCUGCCGCGGCAAAAUGAAGAUUUUCGUGGGCAACGUCGACGGGGCGGAUACGACGCCGGAGGAGCUGGCAGCCCUCUUCGCGCCCUACGGCACGGUCAUGAGCUGCGCCGUCAUGAAACAGUUCGCCUUCGUGCACAUGCGCGAGAACGCGGGCGCGCUGCGCGCCAUCGAGGCCCUGCACGGCCACGAGCUGCGGCCGGGGCGCGCGCUCGUGGUGGAGAUGUCGCGCCCGAGGCCCCUUAACACUUGGAAGAUCUUUGUGGGCAAUGUGUCGGCUGCGUGCACGAGCCAGGAGUUGCGCAGCCUCUUCGAGCGCCGCGGACGCGUCAUCGAGUGUGACGUGGUGAAAGACUACGCGUUUGUUCACAUGGAGAAGGAAGCAGAUGCCAAAGCCGCCAUCGCGCAGCUCAACGGCAAAGAAGUGAAGGGCAAGCGCAUCAACGUGGAACUCUCAACCAAGGGUCAGAAGAAGGGGCCUGGCCUGGCUAUCCAGUCUGGGGACAAGACCAAGAAACCAGGGGCUGGGGAUACGGCAUUCCCUGGAACUGGUGGCUUCUCUGCCACCUUCGACUAUCAGCAGGCUUUUGGCAACAGCACUGGUGGCUUUGAUGGGCAAGCCCGUCAGCCCACACCUCCUUUCUUUGGUCGCGACCGCAGCCCCCUGCGCCGUUCACCUCCCCGAGCCUCGUACGUGGCUCCUCUGACGGCCCAGCCCGCCACCUACCGGGCCCAGCCCUCUGUGUCGCUGGGAGCUGCUUACAGGGCUCAGCCUUCUGCCUCUCUGGGUGUUGGCUACCGGACUCAGCCCAUGACAGCCCAGGCAGCCUCUUACCGUGCUCAGCCCUCUGUCUCCCUUGGGGCCCCAUACAGGGGCCAGCUGGCUAGCCCUAGCUCCCAGUCUGCCGCAGCUUCUUCACUUGGCCCAUAUGGUGGAGCCCAGCCCUCAGCCUCAGCCCUCUCCUAUGGGGGUCAGGCGGCUGCGGCUUCUUCACUCAACUCCUAUGGGGCUCAGGGCUCCUCCCUUGCCUCCUAUGGUAACCAGCCAUCCUCUUAUGGCGCCCAGGCUGCCUCUUCCUAUGGGGUUCGUGCAGCAGCUUCCUCCUACAACACCCAGGGAGCAGCUUCCUCCCUAGGUUCCUAUGGGGCUCAGGCAGCCUCCUAUGGGGCCCAGUCUGCAGCCUCCUCACUGGCUUAUGGAGCCCAGGCAGCUUCUUACAAUGCCCAGCCCUCGGCCUCCUACAAUGCCCAGUCCGCUCCAUAUGCUGCACAGCAGACUGCUUCCUACUCUUCUCAGCCCGCCGCCUAUGUGGCACAGCCAGCCACAGCUGCCGCCUACGCCAGCCAGCCAGCCGCCUAUGCUGCACAAGCCACUACCCCGAUGGCUGGCUCCUAUGGGGCCCAGCCGGUGGUCCAGACCCAGCUGAAUAGUUACGGGGCUCAAGCAUCGAUGGGCCUGUCAGGCUCCUAUGGGGCUCAGUCGGCUGCUGCGGCCACUGGCUCCUAUGGUGCCGCAGCCGCCUAUGGGGCCCAACCUUCUGCCACCCUGGCAGCGCCUUACCGCACUCAGUCAGCCUCAUUGGCUGCUUCCUAUGCUGCCCAGCAGCAUCCGCAGGCUGCUGCCUCCUACCGUGGCCAGCCGGGCAGUGCCUACGACGGGGCAGGUCAGCCGUCUGCAGCCUACCUGUCCAUGUCCCAGGGGGCCGUUGCCAACGCCAACAGCACCCCGCCGCCUUAUGAGCGUACCCGUCUCUCCCCACCCCGGGCCAGCUACGACGAUCCCUACAAAAAGGCUGUCGCCAUGUCGAAAAGGUAUGGUUCCGACCGGCGUUUAGCCGAGCUCUCUGAUUACCGCCGUUUAUCAGAGUCGCAGCUUUCGUUCCGCCGCUCGCCGACAAAGUCCUCGCUGGAUUACCGUCGCCUGCCCGAUGCCCAUUCUGAUUACGCACGCUAUUCGGGCUCCUAUAAUGAUUACCUGCGGGCAGCUCAGAUGCACUCUGGCUACCAGCGCCGCAUGUAGGGCCAUCCUGGGGAGGGGGCACCGGAGGGAGGGAGGGAGAGGUAGGUAGGGUGCAGACCCAGGUUAUGCCUUCUCUGGCCCUAUCUCCCGGUUGCGGUUUUUCAUCCCCUCUACCAGUGGGCCUUCCCCCAGGAGCUGAUCCUUUUGAGUGUUUGGCAGUAACUGACUUUGUUCUUCGCCUCAGCAGCAAAUCUUGCUACUGGCUGUAGACCUGCGGUUUCCCCUCCACCUUGCCUCCCAUUUCCCCAGAAUGGGAAUUUCUUUUAUGUUUUUAUUUUUUCCUGGCUCCCUUUUAUUUUUUGUGCGCGAUAUUUAAGGUCGUCUGGAUGGGGAAGCAACCUGCAGCUGAGGUCGGCGGCGCCUUUUUCUUUUUAGAUGUGAGGGAGGCCAGGAAAGGAUUAGCUUAACCAUUUCCUAUGCGCCAAACUGUGCCAGCAGUCCGGGGGUCCCUGACUGUCCCUCUCUAGACUGUUGAGACUGAGUUCCUGUUGGGACAGUCAGUUGGUAUGUGUCCAAGUCCCGACUGACCACUGAUGUUCUAGCUGAUGGUGAGCAGCACAGUCCCACUUCCCCAUCUCCCCAAGUAGGUGGUAUUAGAAAACCUUAAUUUUUUCCCUUUUGUAUGGACUACAAAUAAAACUUGGGGCAAUUUGCAGUUUGGAAACCUGGUUGUCAUUGUCUUGAUUGCACUCAGUGUCAGAGGAGUCAGGUUGACAUCCAGGAAUACGUGGCAGCUAAAGCGGAGGCAGCUGGAAGAUCCCAUGGUGGGUGAGAAAAGGGGUGUGGAUGUGGGGACGAGAGUGGUUUCCCUGCCCAGAGGGGUUUAGCUCAUCCGUGUUCAGCCAGCCUGCCGUCUUUAGGAAUGGAGGGUCCACUGAAGUGUCUUGGACUUCCUUGGCUGUCAACUUUAAUUGAGCACCGAAAUGCAGCAACUAAAGCCCAUUUCCUCUGCCUCUGGCUGACCAUGUUCCCCGACUUUUCCCCAGUUCACAAACAACUUGUGCUCCAGCAGGGUGGUUCGGGGGUUUGGCUUCUCAAAUAAGUUGGGAAUGGGCUGCUGUGGUGUUUACAAAGCUAGUGGAUCCUUCAGGCAGUGGGCUUGAGUGAAUGCUGGAGCUGGCAUCAGCAAAGGAGUCAUUGUGGGUUGGGGGAGAUGUCAGUGUCUGUUACUGCCCUGUGGUUGGAGAAAGGGGGGGGCAGGGAGAAUUUGAAACAGGUAUGGAGCGUUCUGGCCGUAGACCUGGUACUUCGCCUGUCGAACUUCACCAUGGAGCGUCCUUCCUGCGUCCUGCAACCCUGCCAUCAGUCACCUGAGACUCCUUUCCCUGUCUUCAUUGGUUAGGGUGUUCAGAUGUUUUCUUGAUGGGUUUAUAUUUGAAGAUGUCAUGAGAGACUGUGGGAAGGGGUGGGGUGCAAGCAUAACCAAGCUGGGGUGCUGGGAUUGGGUGGAAAUUGGAAGACUGUUUCUGUGCUUUUAUUCCUGGGUUGGGGGUUAAGCACAAAAAAAACAUGGAAGUUCCAACCAGGGAAAAGGUGGAGGCUUCGGCUUGAUGGGUGAAUAAAAGGACCAUUGGGUGGGGUGGCAACAGGAAAAACUGAUGCUCCUUUGGGGAGAGGGGCUCUGGAGACUUGAUUGGGGGGCCUGCUAGGGUAAGGUAUCUGGGGAGGUGUGUCAGUCUCGUGGCGUGCCAGGUGGGUUGAAUCUUCCUCCUCCAUCAACUUCACGUGUGAGCUUGCCUGCUACAGGGUGGUUUGCCCCAGGUGUCUGCUUCCCUCUGCCCAGCGUGCAGAAGCAUCAGUCUUCAGACCAUGAGCUCUUCCUUGCGGGUGCCAGUGGGUAAUCCAGGGAGGCCUGGGGCCAUCGCUCUUUUCUUUGCUUCUCCUUCUGCUCAUUGCUUCGCCUUCAGGUGCUUGGCUGCUCCUUUUCAUUUCUUUGCAGGACUGAGGAACAGUGGGAGGAGGAGGUUGAUAGGGUUCUUGUUUUUCCUGUGCGGUGGUGGGAUGAUCUGUGAGAGGCAAGCUAAUAAGCUGAGCGCUGGUUAUUCUGCAGUAUUGAAGGUUGAUUGCAGGGUUGUGAUUGUGACCCGUGUAUUUGCAGUAUUUCUUUCUUCGUCAGUGUGGCUUUCUGUCAUUUCCCUCUCUCCAGUAAGGGCUAAGUCACUGUCCAGUACCAUGGUUCCUGCAGAACAGGGCCUCUGUUGAUGUUCUCUGUUGCAGCCCCAACUCUUCAGAAUGACCUGGCCUAGAUGAGCACCUUAACCACCUGUCAUCUUUAGGUCCUGUUGCCGUUGCUGCCUCAGCCCUCAGGCUUCUGGUUGUUAAAGCCAGAAGGAGCCACAAAGCUAAAUCAUUUGUCAUUUUCCUCUUUCUUACAGAUUGUUUUAAAAUCUCUCUCCCCUCUUUUUGAUUUAAAUUGUGCCACCUUUGUUAAUCUUACAUAACCCACUCCUUAUACUUCGCUUUUUAUGGCUUUCCAAUUUCUAGCGUCCUGUAACUUGGGAAGAGUUGGGGUGAGUGAAUGGGAGGAUAGACAAUGUGUAUUUGGGAAUGUGGACUUUCAGUGUGUCUUUGGAUCACUCAGCUAAUACACCAUUCACCUCUACAACUUGGCCUUCACUGGAGACGUUUCAGUUGGUUUAUUCCUGGAAGAAGACCACGUAGAAGCUUCUAGCCUUGUCAGCCUGCUCUCUUCUGAGAUUUUGACCUUGUUUUAAGUUAAUGUUUGGGGUAGGUCUGGGGCCUUUUAAUGGAGUUACUGGGAUCAUCACUGAAGGCUCUCUGUCUACAGGUAGGCUCCCUUUUUAGUCAUACCCCUCGUUAUAGCAGAAGUCUGCAGCUCGUGGUCCUCCGUGCAUUUUGUCCUGUGAAGCCGUGUCAAGCCAAGUAAGUGGACUAUAACAUGGGGUGAGUGGUUGUAAUGCAAAAAGAUUGACCAGGAUUAUGGACUAGUGUACUAUAUGAUGGGAGUUUGGAAUAGAGAUGAGAUGGAUAGCAUAUUAAAAAUGCCCAAGUUUAAAAUGUCAUGAAGGGUUAAGCAGUCGAGUUUUCCAGAGGAAAUUCUUAAACCUGGGUUUCAGAUCUAGCUCUAAAUCAUCUAAAAUAUGUAUUUAAAGUGCCUGAAAUGCAGGGCACAGGUAGCUCAGUCCUUGGGCUGACCUUGAAACGUUUCCAGCCUGGAAAGGAAAGCACGACUAUCUCAGUGAAGUAGUCAGUUAACCAGUGCUCAGCCUGUGGUGGAUGAGGAGAGGAGGUGGCAGUCCUACUAAGAUGCUGCUUUAUAGAGAUUUGAUUUAACAACUGACUUGACAGACUAUUUUAAUCUUUUUUUUUUUUGACCAGCAGAGUUAGACACAGAGAGAGAGACAGAGAGAAAGGUCUUCCUUCCGUUGUUUCAGCCCCUAAAUGGUUGCUGUGGCCGGCGCGCUGCGCCAAUCUGAAGCCAGGAGCCAGGUACCUCCUCCUGGUCUCCCAUGCGGGCGCAGGGCCCAAGGACCUGGGCCAUCCUCCACUGCCCUCCCGGGCCACAGCAGAGAGCUGGACUGGAAGAGGAGCAACUGGGACAGAAUCCGGCACCCCAAAUGGGACUAGAACCCCGGGUGCUGGCACUGCAGGUGGAGGAUUAGCCUAGUGAGCCACGGCGCCAGCCAGACUUUUUUAAUCUUAAAGGUUGUUUUUAUUUUAUUUGAAAGGUAGACACAGAGGUGUUCCAUCUCUUCAUUUACUCCCUUAAUGUCCAUAACUGCAAGGACUGAGCUAGGCCGAAGCCAGGAGACUGGAACUCAACCCAGCUCUCCUGCAUGGGUGGCACAGGGACCCAUGUACUUCAGCUGUCAUCUGCUGUGCACUCCCAGGGUGUGCUUUAGAAGGAAGCUGGUGUCGGAAGCAGGGCCAGGUUUCAACCUAGGCACUCCAGUUUGGGAUGUGAUGUCUCACACAGUAUCCAAACUGCUGUGCCAGAUGCCUGCCCCUGACUGUGUCUAAAAUCUGCUUUCCUGAUUUGAGUGCUGGCUAUACCCCUCCCAGCUGUGUGGCACUGGACAUGUCAGCAACUCUACCUCAGGUUUGUCAUGUAUAAAAUGGGGAUAAUAGCAUUCACUGUAGUGCUAAGCAGCUCUAAAAGGGUUUUUCAUAAACUAAUCACCGUGGCAGUCCACAUGAAUUAGGUGUUUAUUUCCAAGCCUCUUUUGUAAAUAGGGAAAUUGGAGCUGUAGGUUAAAUAUCUUAAGGUCACAUAGCUGAAAGUGGUGGACCAAGGAACUGAACCAGCCAUUUGAACUGUCUAGAACUUCGCUUGUCAUCAUUCCAUGCUACUGUCAGGAGGGUCACAUGUGACACAAGUAGGGCCUCAUACUGCUUAUUCCAUGCUAGCCACCUCAUAGAAAGGUUAGAACAUUCUGGGAAGGUUGGGAUGGCCUCGUGGAGCACACAGUGGUGUGAGUGCAGCGCCUGAGUCACAGGGAAGGCGGUGAGUUGCUGUGAUGCGUGGUACACAGGAAGGACUUCCAGGCUGUUGGACCACAUCAGUUUGGUCACCUUGUCUUGCAACACUGUCCUGAGAUCAGCUUCUUAGAGUUAUGGAGAAGAAAGUUCAUUGAUUGUCCACGUGCAGGGGAAAUGCAAAGACAUUAAGGAAGGCUAAGAAAGUUAUAGCUGGCAGAGGGAUUAGAAGCCUGGGAAGCCCACUUCAUUUGGCCUGCUGGUUCUCAUGAACAUCUUCAUAGACUAGUGGCUUUCAGUUUGAGUCCUGUCAGACCCGUAACUCAUUUGUCACUCGGUGUAUAAAUUGCAUAUAAGGAAUUUUCAAAAAGUUCAUGGGGAAUACGUUAUAUUUAAUGCAAUUUUUCCAUGAACUUUUUGAAGUAUCCUAAUAUUUUCACCCCUAAGGGCAUGAAACUAAUGUUUAUGUUUUAAGUAGUUUUCACUGACAUUGUUUACCCCUAAAUUUAGAUCUGUCCCUCAAUCCCCUUUAAAGAGUCGAGGCUGUCAUCUGUCAAUUAUAUGACUUAUAUUUUGUUGGAGGUUUGCAGCCAGAAUAUGUAUUUUUGGCUCUGAUAAAAUGUCAGCUGUCUUAACUUUUAUUUUUUUUUUUUUAAGAUUGAUUGAUUUAUUUGAGAGGCAGAGGCAGAGAGAAAGGAAGAGGUCUUCCAUCUGCAGAUUCACUCCCCAAACGGCUGCAGUGGCCAGGGCUGGGCCGGGCCGAAGCCAGGAGCCAGGAGCUCCAUCCAGGUCUCCCACAUGGUGCUGAGCCCCAGGGACUUGGGCCAUCUUCCGCUGCUUACCUGGGUGCAUUAGCAGGGAGCUGGAUUGGAAGUGGAGCAGCCAGGACUCAAGUGGGAUGCCAGCACUGCAGGUGGUGGCCUUUAUGCCACAGUGCUGGCCCCUGUCUUGCUGACUUUGAACCAAGUCACUUCUUAGGGACUGGGUAGCCUGGUGGAAAAAUUAAGAGCCACCAAAAUGGCAUCUAGAUAAGGUGAUCAUCCAGGCAAGGUGAGAGUUAAAUAUUCUUCUGUUCAUUAUCUUUCUCAAUAGGGAUGCUAAGGUGGAGCAUUUGGCCAAAUGUCUUUAAUUGGCUUUAAAUUUUAAAACUAAUUAUUUUAUUUGAAAGAAAUUUUCCACCUGCUGGUGCACUCCCCAAAUGUGUACAGCAGAGAGAGAAUUUUUCAUCUACUGAUUCACUUCCCAUAUACCUGUAACAGCUACAGUUUGGCCAGGCUGAAGCUAGGAGCACGGACCUCAAUCUGUGUUUCCCACAUAGGUGGCAGGGGCCCAAGUACUAGAGCCAUCACCUGCUGCCUCCCAGGGCAGGCAGUAGCAGGAACUUAGAAUUGGAAGCAGGGCUGGGACUUGAACCCUGGCCACUUUAAUGUAGGGUGUUGGCAUCUCAAGUGGUUGCUUAGCUGCUAUACCAAACACCUACCCCAGUUGGCCUUUAAUUAAAAAUUUUUUAUUUAGAUUUAUUUAUUUCAGAGGCAGAGUUGCAGAGAAAGGUCUGCUGGUGAACCAUCUGCUGGUUUACUCCCCAAAUGGCCUCAAAGGCAGAGCUGGGCCAAUCAGAAGCCAGGAACUUAUUUGGGUCUCCCACAUGGGUGCAGGUGCUCAAGCACUUGGGGCAUUUUCUGCUGCUUUCCCAGGCCACUAUCAGGGAGCUGGAUAGGAAGUAGAGCAGCCAGGACUUGAACUGGUACCCAUAAGGGAUGCCAUCACUGUAGGUGGGAGGCCUAAUCUAUGCCACAGCAUCAUCCCAUAAAAACAAUUUUUUUUCCUUUAAAGAUUUUUAUUUUACUUAUUUGAAAAUUACAGAGAGGCAGAGGCAAAGAGAGAAAGAAGUCUUCCAUCUGCUGGUUCACUUUCCAAAUGGCUGCAACAGUUGGAACUGGGUCCAUCUGAAGCCAGGAGCUUAUUUGGAUCUCCCACGUGGGUGCAGGGGCCCAAGGACUUGGGCCAUCUUCUUCUGCUUUUCCAGGCCAUAGCAGAGAGUUGGAUCGGAAGUGGAGCAGUUGGGACUUGAACCAGUACCCAUAUGGGAUGCUGGCACUUGCAAGGCAGCAGCUUUACCCACAAUGCCAUAGCUGCCAUCCCCUAGGCAAACUUUAAGCUCUUUUUUUUUUUUUUUUUUUUAAGAUUUAUUUAUUUUUUACUUGAGAAUCAGAGUUACACAGAGGAGAGGCAGAGAGAGAGGUCUUCCAUCCGAUGGUUCACUCCCCAACUGGCUGCAAUGGCCAGAACUGCCGAGCCAGGAACCUCUUCCGGGUCUCCCACGCGGGUGCAGGGGACCAAGCUUUGGGCCAUCUUCCACUGCUUUCCCAGGCCAUAGCAGAGAGCCGGAUCGGAAGUGGAGCAGCCGGGACUCGAACUGGUACCCAUUUGGAAUGCUGGCACUGCAGGCGGCAGCUUUACCUGCUACACCACAGCGCCGGCCCCGCUACGAACCUCUUCACUUCAAAGCUUCAUUCUGCAUUUGUCAGAGUGGUGACCAAAAGAUGUGAACAUAGGUUACCUCUGGCUUUUAGGCACUGACUUCGUUUGAGAGACUGGAAAAUACUAGGUGAUACGAGUAAAGGAAUAUAUUUUCAGUACUGAUAAGCAUUCACGUUCUUAACCUGAUACUGACUGAACGUCAAGUCAUUUCCCUUCUUUUGAUUACCAAGAAGUUGACUUGUACAUUCAUUGGUUUGUUAACUUCGGUAACAAAUAUUUGAGUGUCUACCAUGUGCCAGGAGCAGUUCUAAUACAGGAUGUAGUAUGGAGUAAGAAAAGCUUCCUGCCAUUGUAGGACAGUUGUUUGCUAGGGCAUUAGAAGGACACAAAAUGGCUGAAUUAAUAGGAUUUCAGUUGGUGGUGAGUGUUGGGAAAAAUAACAGGGUAUUGGGAGAGUUCUCAGGUAGUGUUGGAGUGAAGGAUGCCUUUGCUUGGUGUGGCCACUAGCCACUGAAGAAAGAAUAUUCCAGUCACGAACUUGGGACAAGGAGGCCAGUUGGUCUGUAGCAUAGUUGGAGGGCAGGAGUGGUGCUGAAUAGAUUGGGAGACUCCAGCCAAGGACCAGAUCAGGUAGGGUCUUUCGGUCCAGGGAGAGGAACUUAAAUUCUCCACCUCCCCUAAUUUUAAUAGGUUUUUAAAAUGCAGGGACAGGAUUUAAUGUGGUUCGGUUUAAUGAGCUUGCCGAUGAGAGAUCUAGUGGGUCUUCAGAAUGUAAAUCAAGUAAUUUGAUUUGGGGGGCAUGAGGAAUUCAGUAAUCUUGAUGUCUGUACCCAAGCAUGAAUUUUGAUCUUGAAAUUUAUCUUCCCAGUCUCUUCCCUUGGGGCCAGGAGGGAGUUUUAGUUUCAUGUAGUGAAUGGACUUAAUAUGCCUUGGUGUUUGGAGGUGUUUUUUAAUCACAGGGCUCUUGGGACACAAAACAUUUGGAAGAUCAAACUGAAGGGAGAUGAGAGGAUUUCUAUACCUUCCAUGUUUCCUUGUGCCUGUUAAGUUGUGACUACUUGCUAAUUUCGCCCCCUGCAGAUGACACGUGCCGCGGAAUCUAACAUGGACUUGGUCUCUUCCUGUCUUGUGGCUUUUAAUCAGUCUCAGAGGUGAAUUAGAAUCUACAAUGACAUGGACCACGAUUAGUGACCAGCACAUCUGUAAAUGUUACAUUUUUGUAUUUUUAAGGAACUUUUUCUACUCUAGAAUAAGUUCCAGGCCAGUUUUCUCACAUUGGACUCCUGAAACAUUUUGGGUUUGAAUACUUUGUAUUUAUUUUGAGCAGCGGAUAGAACUUUUAUCCACUGGUUCAUUCUCCAAAUACCCAUAAUGGCUGGGGCUGAGGCUGGGCCUACUCUGAAGCCAGGAACGGAGAACCUGGCCCAGGUCUCCUGCACGGAUGGCAGGGAUCCAGCUGCUUGUGCUGUCGCCGUCACCUAAGCUGGAGCUGGGAAUUGAACCCAGGCCUCUGAUGGGGCCUGCAGUAAACAACUGCCCCUCGUCUUUACCAGAAUUCCCACUUCUUCCUGAACUGCCUCUCCCCUCUUCCUCUGUUGGCUGCUGCGGGUGGUGGUAUGUUGUUAGUGUCGUCUCUGCUUCUGGGGUCUCGGUCUCAGGCGGGUCACUGCUUUUAGCCUGUUCUGUUCCUGUUUGUGUUCGCAUGCAGCGCUCCCCACCUGCUCCUCCUCUAACUCCCUCUCCCACAGCUGCAGUCUUGGCUCAAGUCGGUGGAGUAUGGGAUUAUGUGAAGUGGCCAGAGGGAGAGAAGAGGCGGUGACAAGGGAGUGGACUCUGAAGAAUGCCAUUUUGAUUGUACUCUGUUUACAGCAAAUUGUGCCCAGGCUCUUUCCCUCUAAGGUCGAUUCUGGGGGGGUUAAACCGACAGCCCUGGCUGAUGGCGCCCAAUAAAACAAACAAACAAAACCUUUGCGGCUGCAGUUCUUUUCCUGAGGGCGGGAGGGGGAUGUGUGUCUUCCCACGCCUGGGGUCUGGCAGAGUGGAGCAGCCCUGGCCAGGCCUGCUCCUGGGCCCCCUACACCUGAACUGAAAUUGGGUCCACUGUUUUAGGUUCUUUCUCCAUCUUUUCGUGAAAGUCGUUUUAAUUUGG